GCCGGCUGCAGUUAAAGUUAGACAGACGAAGCCCAAUUUGAUGCAGAGAUUAAUGAUUGGUCAAUAGGAGAAAGAUAUGGCAAUCCUUGGAGCCCAACUUGUGUUCAGUCUCAUCGUCUUCAGCGUUUUGCAGAAGUUAGCUAAACAUUUCUCCUUUGGCCGAUGGCUUCUUUGUGGAAAGUUGUUUCGGUUUUUACAUCCUACAGAUGCUCAACUAAAAGAGGCUGCUGGCCUGGCUACCCCAAGUGCGCCAAACAAAGCUAAAAACAGAAAAUUUGACAAUCGCAAGGAAAAGAAUGGUGCCGGAAGUGGGGAAGGCUUUUCUGUACCAAGGAACAUUCCUCUUGAGCUUGACACAGCUAAAGUAGAUCUUCUAGAUCUGUUACAGCUCAAGUUUUUCGACGAAUAUCAAUGGUUGAUGGAUUUUUCUGCAUCAACUGUAGUUGUGUACAUAUUAACAGAAAUCUAUUACACCAUAGGUCAGAGGUCAGAAAUGAAUAUCAGUGUGCUAUGGUGUCUCUUAGCAAUAGGAUUCUGCCUGCGUUUGUUAAUUGCCCAGACAGCCAUGUAUUUUAAGUCGGACGAGGGCGGAGAGAAGAUUCUAUGUGUAACAUUUGGUUUUUUCUUCUUGGUUGUUGCUAUGGGAGUACUCGUCAUUGAUUCAGCUAUAUUGGAACUUGGAUUGCAGGAAGGUUAUGGCAAUUUUUCAGAAAGUGCAACAAAAUUUCUUGAAGAACAAGGACUUGAAUCUCAUGGGCCUGUAUCAUUUUUAACCUUCAAAAUCAUUUUGACAUUCCUCUGUUCAUUUAUAGGAGCACUUUUAACAUUUCCUGGGCUACGCUAUGCAAAACUACAUCUUGACACAUUAAAAUAUCAUAAAGAACGGCGAGUCAUGCAAGCUCUUUUACAAGUGAAUUUUAUUCUUCCACUGAUUAUCUUACUGAUGUGGUUCAAACCUAUUGGGAGAGAUGUCAUCUGUGCAAAGCACUGGAAGGUCACAUAUCGCCUAAUGGAUGAACCUAUGUUUGAAAUCUGGAGACUUACAUUGACUAUUCUGUUCAUAGUGUUGAGGUUUUCCCUUCUGAUACCACAUCUACAAAGUCAUCUAAAUGUGGCUUACAUCCGAAUGGAGAAUCUGAAGAAAGAAUCAGGUCGUGUGAACAGUGUAGACUUACAGAAAAUGGUGGCUCGUGUAUUCUAUUACCUUUGUGUUGUGGCACUGCAGUAUAUCACUCCCCUUAUGUUACUGCUAUUUCUGACAUUUUUACAUAAAACUCUUGGAGACUUUUCCUGGUCAGCCAUUUUUGGACGGGAGGUGGAGACUUACAUUUCAUCCUUCAGUAUAGGAAAGGCUAACAUUGUAUCUAGCAAUGCGACUACACCUAUACAUGAGCCCGACAGUGUGACAGAGGUAGCCGCCCAGUUCUCCUGGGCCAUGGCUAACCUGAGGCUGGUAUUCUCGCCAAUCUGGUACCGGGGACUUAUGGCCUUCCUGGUGUGGUGGGUAGGUGCCAGCUGGUUUAUAUGUACAGCCUUUGGAAUCUACUACUACUCCAAUGUUGCUUCUUAAUUCCAUUUACACAAUGUGAAUUACAUAAAUAUACCAGGGGCAUAAGUAUUUAUUAUUGUGAGAAUAUUUUUCAUGUUUGAGAUAGCAAAAAACCUAGUCAAAUUAUGAUUGAAAUUUUUUAGUAUACAAUUGAUUCUUGAGAAAAAUGGGGAAAUGUCAAUACCUGUGUAAUUCCUGCUGAACUAGUUCCUCUGUGUAUUAUUUGUUUGACUUAAUUAUAAGUGAAGAAAUCUGAUCUUGUGAUUAUGAGUUCAGGAAAAAACUUCUUACUUGUAUAUUUUUUUCUUGUUUUAAAGAACAUAACAUAAAUGACUCAUGAAAGAUUUCAAUGGAAAGGUUGCUGGAAUUUUUUUUUUUUUUUUUUUUUUUUUGCAUUUGAAGUGUAUUUUUGCUAUCUCCCUUCCCAUAAAAAUGUCUUUUUUUUCUGUUUUGUCACAACAUCCUGUAUUCUGUCCAUGAUGUUUGUACUGUUUUUUUUCUCAAUACCAUACCAUAUAAUUUGUGUUCAAUAGCAGUGGAUGAUUAAAUACUGAUUAAAGGCGUCACUGUACUGAUACAAUGUUUAAAUUAAUGGCUUUUAUAUAUAGAUAUCUUAUCUUAUUGAAUGAUGGGGCAGAUUAAAUAUUCCUGUUUCUUGUAACUUCUAGAGCUAUCUCCAGAACUUUGCUGUACACUCUGUAAUAAGAGUAUCUAUAGUUUAGAUAUAAACCUUCUAAAUUGUUAUUUUGAAGCCUGCUAAUCAAUACUUUUUUUUGUGCUCUAGAAAAUACCUUACUUGUAUUUCACUAAAUUUCAUUGAUGUAUUUCACUAAAUUUCAUUGAACAUGCACAUGCUAAUUAUAUUAGGUAUCUGUUUAAAGCAGAGUUAUGAUUUAGAUCUUGUGUCUCAUUACAUACAGAAUUAUAUGCCCAGUCAUAGGCAGUGGCGUAGGAAGUCGUCAAAAAGUGGGGGGGCAAAAUUUUUUUUAACCUUAAAUUUUACGCACUAAACAAAUCGUAUGCCAUCUCCG